GGCAGGUGGUACUUGGUUGGGUGCGGGCUACAACACGCCAGCCAGCAUCGCAAAAUCCCGUCCUUCAUCCCGUCCAUUGUUCUCCGUACAACAGGUCCAUACAAUAAAACUUGACUACCGCCCGUCCCGUCCCGUCCACCUAGCAGUCCCUUAUACUAGGUAGCCUGUGCACUUCGCCCUAUACAUAUGGAUCAAGGACUGUAUCUCUCGCAGCCUCACUCCGCCUUACGCGCACUCGGCACGACGCUGUCCUUGUUUCCCGACUGAGCCUGACGCCUGGGGUGCGAUACUGCCCCCGAAACCUUCUUGCAUACCACCGCCGACAGUCGAUUGCUUGAGGUUCGACGUGUGCGAUGACGAGGCGAGGCCCAUGCGUGGCAGGCAACCGACGUCAGAGGAGGGGAGUCACACAUGCGCUGGAGACGCCGGGUGAGCCCGGGUAUCCGGAUGCCCAGCCCGUCAGGUUCUCACUCACACAUCACUCGGUUACGAAUGGUUGCUGUCUGUUUGUUCGGCCAUGAUGCAUUAGGCCCGAUGUGAUGCAGAUGGACAUUUGCCCAAUGCCCACAUCCGUGUGACGCACGCAUCUCACGCACAGGCAAAAAAAAAAAAAAAAGGGAGGCGGCUCCAGCCUUGAGUCACCACACACACCCUGUGAGCCCAAGAAGCAACGCAUGCACGAAGCAAGGGGCCGGGUCCCAGACUAGGCCCUCGAUUUGUUUUGUCAUGUCAAGCAUCCGUGCGACAUGUUGCGACGCCGUCCGUGGAUGUAUACAUAGGACCCGACACCUCCACCAAUUUCUCUGACAGGCGCACAAGCGUUUGGCGGAGACGACGGGGUUUCUCUCCUACGAUUAUACAUAGUGUCUAGGAAGUGGGCAGUCCCAUCUUGACGACGCAGCUCGAAGCGACAGGACCCAUGGGACGCUAGCGACUCCAUUUGCGCUGCUUGAACGAGUGAGGGCAAGGACGCGACACGCGACAUCGUGACGCGGAUUGUAAAAUAUACUUCAACGCAAAGAGAAGGGGCCAAAGAACCCAGUGCAUCCACCGUCUGGAAAUCUUUCAACGGCCUUGUACGAAUUGUGACGAUGGAUAGCCAUCACCAAACCUGUAGCGAUGUCGGCUUCAGUGGGAGUCAGCUGAUAAAAGUUGAUGGUUUGAGUCACAGACUUUAGUGUAUUCCACCGCAGUGCAAAACCAGCCUCUAGGCUCUACGUUCGCAAAACAAACUCGCAUCGAAUCGUCAAACCUGAACGACUGCAAACUGACCCUGGAAGAGCUCCAAACCAUUCUUACGCCCCUCUAGCGUUAUUCAUAUCGUUGCUCAAACGGCUUCCCGGCUUAGCCACUCGCACCGAGCAACUGGCGGAAGACGUCGUCCUUGAAUCCUCAUCAAACACAUCGGCAUAUAUCACAAUGGCUCGAAAAACAGUCAUGGAAUUAUUCGCCCAGCGGAUUAAAAACCUAUCGCUGGAUAGUGUUACAAAGUCCUUCCCCCACGCUCACCCAGACGUCAACCCCCUCGACCUGUACAGGGCACACUUGAGUACCGUGCUGGCGGGAAUCUCGGGCGUCUCCGCUUCCUCUCUAUAUUCGGUCGUCAUGCGCACCCAGGGCCUCGACAAGGGUGACUUCAUCAUUGCCGUGCCGGCACUCCGACUCAAAGGGUCCAAGCCAGACGUCCUAGCCAAUGAAUGGGGUGCAAGCGUGAGAAUGACUUUCGAAACCUAUAAUGAGGCGAAUGCUAACUCGGAGAGGUAGUUUCCCACCGACGAUGCCCUCUUCGCGAAACCCGUAGUUAAUGGCUCCUUCAUGUCGUUCUUCGUCAAGGCCGAGCCCCUCUCGUCAAUAGUACUACCAAUGGUCCGCCAGGGAGGAGUCGGUUAUGGCCGAAAUGACUUUGGGGGGUUGAAGGACCCCGAGGACCCGAGCAAGGGACGGAAACGAAUAAUUGUUGAGUUUAGCUCGCCCAACGUCGCCAAGCCGUUCCACGCCGGACACAUCCGGUCCACCAUAAUUGGAAGUUUCACGGCCAAUGUAUAUGAAGCCAAUGGAUGGGAGGUUCUCAGGAUCAAUUAUCUCGGCGACUGGGGCAAGCAAUACGGCUUGCUCGCCGUGGCGUACGAACGUAACGGGAGCGAGGAAGAGCUGAAGAAGAAUCCCAUUGAUCACCUCUUCAAGCUCUAUGUGCAGAUCAACAAGGACAUGAAAGAGGAAAACGAAACGAUCAAGGCCAAGAAAGAGGCUGGCGAAGACGUCAGCGAGCUCGAGGCGAACAGUCUGGAUGAGCAGGCGCGAAAUUACUUUCGACACAUGACCGAUCGGGAUGAGCAGACACUGGCACAGUGGCAGCGGUUUCGAGACCUCAGCAUCGCGCGAUAUCAAGAAACAUAUUCGCGGCUGGGCAUUCACUUCGACGAAUACAGCGGGGAGAGCCAAGUCAGCGAGGAGUCCAUGUCGAAGAUGGCCGAGCAGCUCAAGGCGAAGGGGGUUACCCGGGAAGAUAAUGGCGCCGUGCUUGUUGACUUUACACAGCUGCUGCCCGGCAAGGAGGGCAAGCAACUGGGAAUCACCCUGGUCCGAAAGAAGGAUGGCACAGCUCUAUACCUCACGCGAGAUAUUUGCGAGCUCCUCGGUCGAUAUGAAAAGUACAAGUUUGACCACAUGAUUUACGUGGUGGGGGCGGCUCAAAACCUGCACCUGAGCCAGCUUUUCAAGCUCGUGGAGCUCCUGGGGCAUCAAGAUGUCGCCAAGAGGUGUCAGCACGUCAAUUUCGGCCUCGUGCGGGGGAUGAGCACCAGGAAGGGAACGGCCAAGUUCUUGGACGACAUCUUUGCAGACUGCGCCGAUUACAUGCACGAGAAGAUGAGGCAGAACGAGGCAAAAUACGCUCAGAUAGAGAACCCCGAGGCGACGGCCGAUAUAUUGGGUAUCAGUGGCGUCAUGGUCCAGGACAUGAGUGGGAAGAGGAUCAAUGACUACGAUUUCAACAUGGACGCCAUGACGUCGCUCGAGGGCGAUACGGGGCCGUAUCUGCAGUACGCCCACGCGCGACUCUGCUCCAUCAAGCGCCGGGCGGCCCUGUCCGAGGAAGACCUGGACGGCGCGGACCUCGCCCUGCUCACGGAGGCGCACGCGACAAACGUGGUGCGCAUGUUGGCGCAGUGGCCAGAUGUGGUGAAGAACGCGCUGCGGACGCUGGAGCCGACGACGAUCCUGACCUACUUGUUCAAGACGGCACACGUCGUGAGCAGCAGCUACGACCAGCUCCAGGUCGUCGGCAGCGAGCGGGAACUGAUGCGGGCGCGCAUGGCGCUCUACGACGCCGCGCGGAUCGUGCUCGCCAACGGAAUGCGCGUUCUGGGCUUGACGCCGCUGGAGAGGAUGUAACGAGUCGAGUCUGCUGUGCCGCACGAAGAAGCACAACAACAAGGAGGCCCAGGCCGGGGGGGGGGCGCCACGCCGUUGCUAAACAAGCCAUGUGGCAGAAGACGGGAGCGCGGGAGACGUGCAUGAUGGUGGUAUGGAUGGAAGGAAAAAACCAGUGAGUGGCAUAAAGGUAUCAUCAGCCCUGUCAGUCAGUGGCCGCGUUGCUCGGAAAGCCGCGCCGGGGCGGCGGGGCGGAUGCCGGAGAUGGUUCGGAGUGGUGGGGCCGGGAAAUGGGCCGACUCCCGGCCGCACCGCGCCGCGGAGGUGCGUUGCUCGCUUGGCUGGGCAUCGACCGACCGGCUUGGCGAGGGAAAAAAAGUUUAUAGAAUGGAGUCGUACGUACGUACGUACAUGCGUGCUCCGAAUUGCAA